UUCUCUUUAUUGUUUGUCAAUGUUGUUGUUGUUGUUUAGAUGAAGAGAAAGAGACACCAGCGCACUUGAUGUUGUGACUACUGACUUCCAUCGACUUUUAAAACAAACAGGAGGAGCACAACUGGAGGAUCCAGCAGCUGUGCUAAUUAAGUUUUAAGAAUUCAAUAACGAUGAAGAUAUUAUGAAACAGAAGUGAAAGGGUUGAUCUGACCAAACAUGGCUACCGAAUUAAAUAGUAGAUUUCUCUCUUCAAGUGAGAGCGAUGAUUUCUAUGAACCUAGGACAUAUGGACAUGGUGUCUCCAGCAAUAAUGGAGAUUUUAAUGGCAGGCUCUCUGAACUUGCUGACAAUUUAAAGGACACAACACGAAAUCUAAAAUCACUUGACCAUAUGUUAGAUACUUACAAGGAUAUUGGUCAUGAACAACGCUCUUCCAUUGAUAAAUUACGAAAGGAUUUUGAUACGACUUGUGAUGACAUCCGAGAUGAAAGAUACAGACAAUCAAGUUUAAGUAGAAUAGACCAAGACUACCCAAACCAACCUGGCUACGUACAUCCACAGAGGAAGAAGAAAUCUGCUGUCCAUUUUGCUGAUGAUUUAAAGAAAGAAGUGCAUUCUUUGCACGAGUCAGUGAGAGAUCUGUCUUAUAAUCAGAGAAAAUUUGAAGAUUCUUUGACUGAAGAUCGUGAUCACAGAGAUCGUUUUGCCUUGGAGACAAAACGUGCUAUGAAUGCACUUGCAAAUUCCAUAAACCACCAAACAAACUCAGAAAACAAAGAUUCUACUUCGGCAAGAGUUGAGAAGCGCUUGAGUGCCAUUCAAGAUGAACUUCAAGUUGAACGCCAAAUGUUAAUGGAGAAACAAAAUAAAGAAAAUUUGGGUAGUCUGUCUUCAGAGUUGAAGCAGGCCUUGCAACAGCAUCAAAAUUUCCUCUCUACAGUCCAGACCAAUGCUGCUGCAUCAGUUGUGCCGGUUGCACCAGCAGCCUCACAUCUUGCUCCCACAACACAUCCAAGCAACAAUGUACAAGAGAUGAGCACAUAUAAAACACAAUAUCUGGAGUCUGAAGCACAAAGACAUAAAAUAGAAACAGAAUUGGUCAAUCUCAGGCACCGACUUGACCACAGUGAAGGCAGUCGGAACACUCUGCAACAAGUGGUUGAAGAGCUUCAAAAUCACAUGAAAAGAAGUGAACAAGAAAAAGUGCAACUUCAAGGCCAACUUCAUGACCAAAGAUUAGAUGAGGACACAAGAGAGAGAGACAGACUGAAGCUUUUGGAAAGCGAACGAGAGAAAGAGAAGCAAAGACUGGACAAAGAACUACAAGAACUGAGACAACAUCUCACAAACACUGUAGCAGUCGUUGCCGAGAUGGAUAAUGUACGACAAAAUAUACAUAAGAGUGAACAACAACGAGGUCAGCUCUCGGACCACAUUGAGCUACUAACAAAAGACAUUGAGAACAGAGAUCGACAAAAUGCCAAAAUCCUGAACCAACUCCGUGAAACGGUCGACAAAUAUGAAGUGGCUGAACACGGUCGCAGACAACUGGAAAGUCGAGUGGAUGACUUGAGUUCUCGACUGACUGAGACUACCAAGCAUUUAGACAUAACAAAGAAAGAAUUGAUUGAAACCAAGAGAGCACUUGAAGAAAGUCUGAGAAAGCAGGAUGUUCUGAGAGGCAAAACACAAGAAGCAAUUAAACAAUGGAAAGAGAAAGUUCUAGAUCUUGAGAAAGAACUUGACUGCAACAAACACACAAGUCAGCAGAUGAUGCAAAGAAAUGAAGAACUAAUCAAAGAAUUGGAGUCUUCGAGAGUUCAGCACAACGAAAUGGUCUCACAAUGGGACAGAGCGAAACGAGAACUGACAGAUGCUUUGGCUGUAAAAGCAAAUCAAGAAGAACAGUUACGACUGAAGAAUAUUGAAAAUAAUGAACUAAAGUCGCUGCAGAUGGAUUUGGAAAAAGAACUGAAAGACAGAAAUUCUCAGAUUGAGAAGAUUGAACAAGAGCUGCACCAAUACCAGCUGAAAGUUUCUGCACUGCAGUCUGAAAAAGAUGACAUGAUUGAAAAACUAACUGCAGUUGAAAGUGCACAUCGACUAUCACAGGACCAUGCACAGCAACUAAAGUAUCAACUACAAGAAAUGAGUCAAGCUAAAGCUGAUUUAUCUAGUCAGGUAAACGAAAUUAUGGACCAAAGACAGGAUCUCCGACAAGAAAACGUGAACCUGGAACAAAGAGAGUUACAUCUGAAACAGCAAACAGAAGAUCUAAAGAUUCAGAUGAAAGAGAACCGGGAAAAUUACUUUUCCACGCUUGAAAGCCUGAAAACUGAACUCAAAGAAACUAGAGCUCGUGAAGCACGUAACAACCAGAUGUUCACAAAACACCUAAAUGAAGUGAAAGCUGAACAUAGUGCCUCUUUACACUCAUUGAAAUUUGAAUUGGCUGAAGAACGGUCAGUCCAUAAGAGAACUCGACAGCAAUGUGAUCAACAAAGAGAUGAAAAUGACCAACUUCACCAGAACGUUAGCAGAUUAGAAGAAGAAAAUAACAAAUUAUUAACAAAACUGGAAAAAUCCUUUGAAGAUCUCAAGUCCAAGGAACUGUUGGCAGCUGAUGUCAAGAGGAUUAGAGAUUUAGAGGAACAAUUAUACGAAGCUUUUAGCAAGAUGAAGAAAAUGGAGAAAAAUGAAAUGGAUUACUUGGGAAAUAUAUCAUCCAGUAUUGAUUCUGUUCUACACGCUCUGAAACUACAGAAUGCUUCCUCUCCAGACAAUUUCAAGGCUGAACCAUCAGUGUCGAUCGCACAACAGUUUGAUGAUCCGAAUUUGUGGGUGGCUGAAAUAAAAAACAAGCUAUGCUGGCUUCAGUGUGAAAUACAACUUCACAAUAGUCAACAGAAGAGAGAACCAUUAAAGCCAGCUGCCCAAAUCAUGACAGAUAAAUCCGUUAAGGAGCCAGGCACCAACAAAUCUUCAGAAACACCAACAACUGGGGCAGGAAUGAAUUUUGAAGGGAAGAAAUCUGGAACACCUUUGAAGGAAAAUAUGACCCAAAUAUCUGACUGUGUAGUGAAAAGCCAGCGAACAAUCCCAGCAGCUGUUACAUUUUCAGAAAAACCACUUUUAGAACAAAGGCAACACGUCAUUGAUGAAAUCGAAGACUUCAGGGAAAUUGAGAGAGGAAAAAUAGAAAAACGAUAUCUGAAGUUACAAGAAACCAUGAGAUCCCUGCAACAGGAAUUAGAUUUACCAGUCACCGCAGCCACAGAAAAGCAUCAAGAAAACGACCUGGCAACUCUUGAGAAAGCUUCUACAUGUACAAACCACAGCAACAAAAAACUCACAGAGUCUCAAACAGAUUUAACUCCGUCAAAACAACAUUCUGUGAAUCACUUGGAUUUUUUACUUCAAGCUCACAGUUUAUCCAAUGAAGAUUUUCUCAAUUUUUUACCCGAACAGUCAACUCAUUAAUCCUUUGGAUGAUGACAACCUACCCAAGGCCAAAUCUGGUUUUAUAAAACAAGCUUCCCAUUUUAAAAUUAUCUAUAAUAAAAGCUACCGUUUAAUUUUCAUGUUAAUUUGUGAUCCAAAUACUAGCUUAAUAGCAACUAAAUACUUCAUUCCUUUCAAAAUUAAUUGAAAAAAGACAGCUUAUUUCUGUAGAAAUAUGGUAACAAAAGGGUCAACUGACAUCAAUUUAACAUUUAACCAGUCGACAUGAUAGAACAUUAGCCACUACACACAUUUUUUUUCUCUCCUUGUUUUUUUCUGUGUCCCUUUCUGUAGAAGAGCGUAGGCUUGAAACGUAAAAGACUUUUCCUAUUCCUGAGCGUUAUACAAAUACACUUGUUUGUUUUGUACACCACCUGUCUUCGUCUUUUGUUUUUUUCAUAAACUCUCCCUAACAUUUAACCAUAUACUUUCUUCAACAUGAAGGUUUCCAAUUUUUAGAAUUAGUACUUUAGAGCUUUUUUUAAUACACACACACACACACAUCUGUGCGUGUGUGUGUGUGUUUGUUGUGUGUAAAAAACAUUCAAAUUGUAAUGACAAUUAACCUAAGAGUUAGGAACUCCAAAAAAUGGUGAUGGUCUGUGUUGGCAAUUAGUGAGCAUAAAUCUAUUCAAAAACGGAAUAAAAUGGUGAACUAUGGAGAAAAGUUCAAUAUUUUAGAAAAGAAAAAAAAUCUGGUGAAACAUUUCCAUCAACUUUUUCUGAACCAUUUACAUCACUACUUAGCCUGUUCAAAAGCCACAACUCUGAGAAAGAUGGUGAUUUGUUGCAGCUAUUAUUCAAAAUAAUCUGAGCAAAGAGAAGUUAACUCAACAAUAUGAACAUAAGCACCAAACACAUAUAUUUUCAUAUCCAUUCAUCUCAUGAUAAACAGAUGAGUAUAUAAUCAAUUUGAUUGAUUACAAUUGGAAAUUUGUAUUUUUUCCUUUCUAUUAAAAUAAAAAUAUUUAAACUGA